GUUCGCGUCAUAUGGCAAGAAUACUACAGACAGUGACCGGCAGAACAACGAGCUUUGUAAGAGACUCGAAUCACUUCAUUCAUUUGCUGGAGAACGUCAAAAUCCGAAACGACGAGAUAAUGGUGAGUUUCGACGUAGCGUCUCUUUUUACGAAUGUACCAGUAGCGGAAACUAUAAAUAUAAUAAAACAACAUCUUAUAACACACAAUAUACCUACUGAUUACAUGAGUUUAAUAGAGUUCUGCCUUACGAGUGGCUAUUUCCGUUGGCGAGGGCAUUUUUACCUGCAAAUGGAUGGAGUGGCGAUGGGUUCGCCAAUAGCGCCAGUUGCAGCUAAUAUAUUUAUGGAAUACUUCGAGGAGGAGGCGUUAAAGAAUGCACCAUCUAAACCUAGAUUCUGGUGGAGAUACGUAGACGACGUGUUCGCUAUAGUUCCCAGACAGGCCGUCAGUCAACUACUAGACCACUUGAACGGCGUACAUCCAAAAAUCCAUUUUACUACGGAGGAGGAAAAUGACGGAACUCUCCCAUUUUUGGACGUACUAGUGAAGCGGGAACCUAGUGGUAAGCUGGUCCAUACCGUAUAUAGAAAGCCCACACACACGGACCAGUACUUGAGGGCGGACUCUCAUCACCAUCCAUCUCAUCUGUCGUCGGUGCCGCGCACGCUUAUAAAUCGUGCCCUACGGUUAUGCGACACUCAAUUCCUCCAUACUGAAUUGACGCACGUACGGCAAGUAUUAGAGUGCAAUGGAUACAACUGGCGACAGAGUUACCGAGUAGCGAACACGACCAGCAAACAACGGCCUCAGGUUGCAGAGCGUGUCCCGGUCUAUCUACCAUUUAUGCGAGGGGUUACGGACAGAAUUGGACACCUGCUACGCCGUAGAUUUGGCAUCAGGACAAUUUUCCGCCCCAUGACACAGAUCAAACAACUUCUACGAUCUCCAAAGGACCGGGACCCACUAGAUAGUCCUGGCGUCUACGAAAUUCCAUGCGAAUGCGGCAAAAGUUACGUCGGCGAAACGGGGCGCAACAUAAAGUCGAGACUCUCUGAGCAUAUCCGCAGUAUGCGUAAAUUAGACGGCAACACCUCAGCAGUGGCGGAGCAUGCCCUUAACUUCGGAACCUCGCACUAUAUUAGGUUCGACAAAGUUAAAGUGUUGGCCCGUGAGAGGAACUUCGUGUCUCGAAAGCUUCGUGAAGCGAUUGAGAUAGGUCGGCGACCUAAUUUCAACAGAGACAAGGGGUGAACUCUUCCGCCUACAUGGGAACCCGUCUUAAUGAACGCGGCGCGAUACAACAUCGGCAGUGCUGACGACGAUAUCGUGGACAUAGUCAGUACGUUUUGUGCCCCCGGAAACUUCAACAACAACACCACCGACGCUUUGGUAUCAACAUCGUCGACGACGCCGGCGCAACCCGCGCCCCCCGCCCCCUCAAGACGCGCCCUAAGAGCGCAGGCGCGCAGUGAGCGACGGGCCGCGUCCGCGAAAUAAUACCAGUGCCACUCAUCCUGAUGAAGGGCCCCCGAUGGGCUCGA